AUGGCGGCAUCUUAUCUAGGCUCGACGAUGGUAGCUGUGGAAGAAAAAGAAAAGGUGAGCGCCAAUGGUGUACCUUUAUUCAAACAUACCGUGACGAAACUCGAUGAAAAAAUGGACAAGGAAGUGGUUCAUGAAUUUGGUGGACCUGUCGGUGUAUGCGCCAUGAUGCUCGGUUUUCCUUCUUUGAUGUAUUAUUUCUGGGUAUGCUUGGAAUAUCAUCAAGGCAAGCUCAUUACUCCUUCGUACUCGCUUGAAGGUAUUCAAUCCUUUGUUUUGGACGACAUUAUUCAUAAAGUGGUGACUGGUGCUUUCCCUCACUUGUUGGCUAUCAAGAUCUAUAUGGGCUUUGUCUUAUACUCUGCUAUCUGUGCUUAUACUCUUCCUGGUCCUGUUGUUGAAGGUCUUGGACUUCCUUCUUUGAAAGGCAAAAAGCUCAAGUACCUUUGUAAUGGUCUUUCAUUCUGGUAUCUUACUCUUGUAUUAUCUGCUGUGUUCCACUAUACUGGUAUUUUCCGUCUUACUUUGAUCAUUGACAAUUUCGGUAGCAUUAUGUCCGUGGCUAUUAUUUGGGGCUUCACCAUGUCAAUUUUGGUAUAUGUCAUUUCUGGUAUCAUGGGCAAGCAUCAUCGUAUGUCUGGCAACUUUUUCUAUGAUUUCUUCAUGGGUGCUUGUCUCAAUCCUCGUAUUGGUCAUUUGGAUCUCAAGAUGUGGGCUGAAACUCGUGUUCCCUGGCCUGUGUUGUUCUAUAUUUCCGUAUCUUGUGCUUUGAAACAAUAUGAAUCAAAGGGUUAUGUUAGUGCUCCUACUGCAUUUAUGGUCCUUGCCCACUUUUUGUAUGUUAAUGCUUGUCAAAAGGGUGAAGAAUGUAUUCCCACAUCUUGGGAUAUCUUUUACGAAAAGGAUGGAUUCAUGCUUAUUUUUUGGAAUAUGGCUGGUGUCCCCUUCACUUAUUGUAUGUCAUCUAUUUAUUUGAUCAAGUCUGAACAAGCAACUGGUAUCAGUAUCACUCAUUCUCUUCCAUACACCAUCUUCUUGUACAUCUUGUUGUUGGUUGGUUACUACGUUUUCGAUACUGGUAAUUCUCAAAAGAAUCGAUUCCGUAUGGAACAAAACGGUUCUUUCAUGACUCGCAAAGCUUUCCCUCAAUUACCUUGGGGUCAUCUCAAGAACCCUUCCUUUAUUCGUACCGAACAUGGUAAUCUCUUGUUGACUGAUGGUUGGUGGGGUAUCGCUCGUAAGCCUCAUUACACUGCUGAUUUGAUGAUGUCCAUCUCCUGGGGUUUGAUCACUGGUUUUGGUUCCUUCUUGCCUUACUUCUACUUUUGUUUCUUCGUCUUUGUCUUGACUCAUCGUGUAUCUCGUGAUAUGGAACGUUGUGCCAAGAAAUAUGGAAAAGAUUGGGAUAGAUACUGUGAACGUGUGCCUUAUAUCUUUAUUCCUUACGUAUUCUAG